AACAAAUGUUUGGGUGAAUACAGCAACAGCAUAGAAACAGUUAGAGGCUAUGUAGCCUCGUUUUUUGACUGUUGUUCAUUAUGACGUCAUUGCCCGGCUAGGACCAACAUCUUUGACACUGCCGCGGAUAUCAGGAAGAAUAAUUUCCAUAUUUUCUAUUAUUGGAACUAGUACACUGAAGUGGCAGAUUUGAAGACUAAAUUUGCUGAAGAAAAAUUUUCGUGCAAAUCAGAGGAGGACUGUCAUACUAUCAACAUGGCCAAUCCACCAUCCCCACAAAGCAGUGGAAGUGACAUGGACUGUGAGAUUAUCAACCUGGACUCUAAUUUCAUCACAUUUGAGGACAUUCAGGAGAAUUAUAUGCCAGGAGCAGACAUCUUUGUGACAUACAGAAUUGGGAAGCACUUUAUUCCAUCCAGCUGUGACUGGAUAGGACUGUUUGGAGCAGACUGGAUAUUUCCCUCCCAGGUCCUGACCUAUAGAUACGCUCCUCAGGGGCACUCUGGCCACCCCCACCUGAGGAGUGUGCUGUUUGAUGCCAGGAGCCUCCCUGCUGAUAACAAUGAGGCCUCCUACCAAUUCCUGUACAUAGCAAGAGGAGACCAGGUGAUAGGCACCAGCAAGCUGUUCAAAAUACACACCUUUAUACCUGAGACUGACCUGGUCAACUUUGAGUUUGUUGACCACAGUGUGGACUUUUGUGACCCUUUCACCGUCAUUAAAACAGCUCCAAGUCAGAAAGGGAUCCUGAGGUCAUUUGAGGUCAUUAAAGAUCCUGAGUUUGACUUCCCAGUGGUCAGGCGAUGCUCCUCUGACCACAUCACCUUAACUUCAAACUGGUCAGACCAGAAAAAACACUGGACUGAUCUUUUGAAACUUGAACUGGACUUGUCCGAGUCCAGCUCGACUAAAGACAGCAGCACACCAGAUGAGCCCGAUUUUCUUGAUAAAAUCAACCCCGAUCUGUUUCACUGUGACAUUGGAAAAGCUCCCACAGAUGACCACUGGAAAGAUUUGCUCAAUAUCGACCCUGAUAUCUUCAGUUAUGAUUACGUUAAGUCAGAGAAGAAAAAAGAGGAGAAGAAAGUGACUCCUUGUGAGCCACAAGCAGCUGUGACAGAGCAGGCACUUGUUCCAUAUGUCCCUAUAUACACAUCUUCCAAGCAGACAGUGGAAUCUAAGGUUGCUGUUAACCCCUUCAUACAGUCUCUGCUUGUACUUGCUCUGGCCAAGAUAUCCCAGCGAGCAAGGUAUAAGAUUGAAAAACCCUUGACCUCUACAAAUGUGAUGAACAAAGUUGCAUCUUCUACCCCAUCCAAUACCGAGGACAAGCCUGCCACAAAAGAUGCAACUGAGAAGAAGCCAAAAGCACUUUCAAUAAAGUGCCACAACUGCAGAAGGCGCCUGAAGAACUUUUUGAGGUUGAAGAGACAACAAGUAGACCUUCAGAACAAAAUCACCGACCUUGAGUCCCAGCUUGAAGCAUCAGACUCUCUCCUGCUAUCAAAGAAUAUCUUAAUGGAGGAGUUCUCCAAGCAGGUGAAAAGUCUGGUAUCAGAGAAUGGGAAGCUGGUGGCCAUUAAUGAGAAGUUGUAUGAGGAAAAAGUCAAAGCUGACAAAGAAAAUAAAAUCAAAGACAUCCUUCAGCAGUCUGUUGACAGGCUGACUUUUUCCAUCAAGAUGGACAGUCUUGAACAGGACAAGAAACAGCUGACCAAGGAGGUCCAGUCUCUCAAGGCCCAGAUCAGGAACUUGAUGAAACUCGAUGAGGUGAAAAAACUUAAAAAAGAGAUGCACCGAUUGAGGUCAUGCCUCUUCUCAGAGGAACUGAAGAUCACUUUCCUGACCAAAGAGAAGGAAGACCAAUGCCGGGAGAUUGCCACACUGAAGAGGCAGCUUAGACAGAAGGAAGCAGAGUUUGACUUUGCUUGGGCACAGAAGAGAGAGCAGACCAGUCAGCUUGACGAGGCCAAACAGAUGAUACAGAACGGCAUAUACAUCAUCUCCUCACUGUAUGCACGGGGUUUCCACACUGUCAAUCACCAGGAGGAAGGUCACAAAUUGGACAUAGCUACUACUCUGAAAAUUGCUGGAGUUGAUGCAGAGAACCCACUCUAUUACCCUGACAUUGUUGUACCUGUAGCCGUGAAGAGCAAACUCAGUGAACUCAUUCAGAAGGCUGUCAGGGACAAAGCAGCCGCAGCCAAGAGUCAAGUGCAGUGUCCAACCCCAAGCCAGGACAUCCAGGAAAGGAUCACCUCCCUGAACCAUGCUCUGGAUGCCUCAGCCUUGGUCACUUCACAUUUUCAAAAGAAAUGUAAGCAUGCAGCCAUCCCCCUUCCUCCCAAGGUGCCGUCUCUAGUGCCUUUCUUCAAGCCACUCCCUUUGCAGUACUCAGAUGUGGUCAAGAUGGAUCCUCCAGCCACUAAAACUGCCCUGACCACUGGCUUGACCAGUGUUAUGGACACUGUCAAUACUGAGCCCAAGAAAGGUGUGAAGUUUGAUGAAAUGGUCACAGUGAAGGUAGAGGAGACACUGAAGAAAGCUGCGGUCAUUUCUCAGGUUGCAGAUGUCAGACCUAAGACUCCCAUGGGCAAGCAAAAAACUGUUACAGAGAACCGCGCUUCACACCGUUACAAACCCUACGACCGUAAAUCUGGCAAAAGAUCCCAGAGCCAGGAGGUAAGAGAAAUCAUCCGUGAUCUCUCUGCUGCAGAAGAAUACUCCCCAUUGAGCUUCACUGAUCAACAGCACUGCAAACAUCACGGUGCCAGUAGCGCAGCAGGCUUGGCUCGGAUGGAAGAUCUUUCCCUGGAAGAGGAGAUCAUUGCCUCAGGAGGUGCUGCCUCUCCUUUUGCUUUUAUCUCAGCAGACUUCCCACAGCCUAAAACAUCCUUGGCUCCUGCCGCAGUAGAUAUCAACAACAACGUGGAGGAAUUGGAGGAGGAGGAGGAUCUUGAAGGGCAAGAGGUAUCUUGGGGCAGUUUCACGGACCUUGCCAAUCGCAAACGACCAGCUUCUCCAGUUGCCACGGCCUUGGAAGAUGGUGGUCUUCUUGGCGCAACCGCUGCAGUCGUGACUGCUGAUAAUGCCGAGACUCUCCCACUGGAAUCCCAGCACAAAGUUCACUGUACUUCACCCACCGUGUCUCUCCCUCCCCGUUGCAAGAAACCCGCCAGGAAAUUCGUCCGAUAUUACAGAAAAAACUGCAGCAAAGGUGGCAAGAGUUCAUUCAUCCGCACCUCAUCCCAGGGAAAAACUGACAAGACCAAAGUUGGGGAGUGUCUUGGCAAUAACGCCUCUAGCGAGCAGAAAGGUAACAGGGACCGGAAGCGGCCCUUUCGUUCCUCCACUGCAGGCCAGCGUUGGAACAGUUCCUUUCAUGCCUACAGUGGAUCAAGUGAAUAA